AUGCCUUGCGCACCGACCGUAGUUGCCAGUCAUUGUACCGUUGAACUGAGCGUGGAAGUGAACAAGUUGGUGAAAAGUCAAUGCAAAUAUCAGUGAAUAAUCACAGUUGCAGUUAACAGUUCAUUUAAUUUAGAAGGCAGUAUGAAGGAAACCGCAGCAAAACGCCGUGAAAAGCCCCGGGACUCAAAAGCCGAGAAACAAAAGGAGUCGGGCCCUGAGCCGCAGGACGUUGAGAUGCCGGAGGAAGACGCCGCCGGUACGGGCAAGCCGCACAAGGAACUGGACACGCUCACGCUUGAAGAUAUCAAAGAACACGUGAAGCAGAUCGAGAAGGCGGUGUCCGGCAAGGAGCCACGCUUCGUUCUGCGGGCGCUUCGGGCACUGCCGUCCACCAGCCGCCGGCUCAACCCCAACGUGCUGCACAAGGCCAUCUCCGGUUUCUUCACCUCCAACGCCGCUGGCAAGGAGUUCCUGCUCAGCUUCCUGGAAGAACCGAUGGACGCAGAUGGAGAUUUCCAGUUCCGCCCCCGGACAGGCAAGGCGGCUAGCACUCCACUGCUGCCUGAGGUGGAGGCAUACCUGCAGCUCCUCCUGGUGGUCUACCUCACAAACAACAAGCGCUACUUGGAUGCUCAGAAGGUGUCUGAUGACCUCCUGCAGAGGAUCGGCUCUCAGAACCGCCGCGCGCUGGACCUGGUGGCAGCCAAGUGCUAUUACUACCACUCCCGCGUCUACGAGUUUCUCAACCAGCUGGACACAGUGCGCAGCUUCCUGCACACCCGGCUGCGGACGGCCACGCUGCGCCACGACGCGGACGGCCAGGCCACCCUGCUCAACCUGCUGCUGCGCAACUACCUGCAGUACAACCUGUACGACCAGGCCGAGAAGCUGGUGUCCAAGUCCAUCUUCCCGGAGCUGGCCAACAACAACGAGUGGGCCCGCUACCUCUACUACACAGGUCGCAUCAAGGCCAUCCAGCUGGAGUACUCGGAGGCCAGGCGGACCCUGACCAACGCCCUGAGGAAGGCUCCCCAGCACACCGCCGUGGGCUUCAAACAAACGGUGCACAAGCUCCUGAUCGUGGUGGAGCUGCUGCUGGGAGAGAUCCCAGACCGGCUGCAGUUCCGCCAGCCCUCACUGAAGAGAUCCCUCAUGCCCUAUUUCCUGCUCACCCAGGCUGUGAGGACUGGCAACCUGGCCAAGUUCAACCAGGUGCUGGACCAGUUUGGGGAGAAGUUCCAGGCAGAUGGCACCUACACACUGAUCAUCCGCCUGCGACACAACGUCAUCAAAACAGGUGUGCGCAUGAUAAGCCUGUCAUACUCUCGCAUCUCGCUGGCUGACAUCGCCCAGAAGCUGCAGCUGGACAGCCCAGAAGACGCCGAGUUCAUCGUCGCCAAGGCGAUCCGCGAUGGCGUUAUCGAGGCCAGCAUCAACCACGAGAAGGGCUACGUCCAGUCCAAAGAGACCAUGGAUAUCUACGGCACCCGGGAGCCACAGCUGGCCUUCCACCAGAGGAUCUCCUUCUGCCUGGACAUCCACAACAUGUCUGUCAAGGCAAUGAGAUUUCCACCCAAAUCAUACAACAAGGACCUUGAAUCUGCAGAGGAGCGUCGAGAGAGAGAGCAGCAGGACCUGGAGUUCGCCAAGGAGAUGGCAGAAGAUGAUGAUGACGGUUUCCCUUGAUCACCUGAGGGGGGAAACCGCGUGGGCACUUUUUCCUUCCUGUCCCCUUGUAGCUGUCAACGUCUUUCUCAUCACACAUUGGAAAGUGCCAAUCCUCUGGCAUCAAACUUUAUAUUUUAGAAUACAAGUUUACUAUGUUCUGUUAUGCCCUUCCAAUUUGCAAAGGCUUUUUAGUAAUUAUUAGAAGGGCAACAGAAAAAUGGAAUUGUUUCUGAAUUUAUGAACUGUAAAGACACAAUAAACCUACAUCUGCAGGCUGAAA